AUGGGCGAGGGUGAACUGAAGGAACCGAUUAAACGUCAACCAUCUGGCAUCAGUCAACUCUUUUCCCGAAUUCGACGCAAGUACUGUUCGGGAGCAUGCCUAAAAGUUGUCUACCUCGCCUGUGCCACUCUAGUUUCAGCCAGUCUCAUCAUUGAAUGCAUUCUGGCCAAUCUGGUGAUCAAGCCCUACAUGUCAGAGUCGGCAUUUGAAUCUGGCGUCUGCUUCCUCUACCUGACUCAGACAGGUCGGCGGGUCAAGUGCGAAAACAAGUGUUCAAAAGAUCGUUCCGCUUUUCCCUGCGCUGUGGUUCAGGUGCUCUUUCUACCGGUAAAAACGGAGGAAUCGCAGAUCCCGCGCGUGAUUACUGCGCUAAAAAACCGCUGGCCGCAUGCUGUGCAUAUGCUCAGACUGGAGGAGGCAAGAAUACUCUUCCUCUACGAUUACAUCAGCACGUACACGUCCUACAGAGGAGAUCGGCAGGUUGACAAGAACUAUUCAAUUCCCUAUGCAUCCUAUCCAGAAUAG